UAAGCUCAACAGUCUAUUUCGACAACUCUUCUAUUCAUACAGUUGUUUUCAAAGCAGUGUUAUGAUUGUUUUGUGUGCUCUGCAGACAUGUGAUACUGGAAAUAAAGGCUUUCAUCUGACAGCUGUAGAAAGAUAAAGAUUUAACUCUCGACAUCAUGACUUCCGACCAUACACUGAAGUGUCUCCCUCUGUCAGUCAGGCCCACUCUGGUCAUCUUUCUCAUUCUUACACCUGGUAAGCUUUUUGCUCUGUGCAGUACCAUUGAGGUGAACUGCUCUGAGCCAAACCAACCGGCCCUGCUGAAGGCCCUGACUCCAGUCUUUAACCUGAGCGCCAUACGACCCGUCAUUAACAUGACAACUCCAACCAACGUCAGCAUCUACUUCACCUUGUAUGGGAUCCUGGGAGUGGAUGAAAAAGCUCAACUCUUGCUCACUUACCUUUGGCUGAGUUAUCGAUGGAUGAACGAGUUUGUCACUUGGGAUCCAAUCCAGUGCGGCGCCAGCGAGAUUUCUCUUCCCAGAGACUUAUUUUGGGUGCCAGAUAUUGUAAUCAAUGAAUUUAUGGAUGAAGACACAGCCCCCACUGUCCCAUAUGUGUACCUGCACAGCAGUGGGCUGGUGCGUGAUGCUAAACCAGCCAGAGUUGUCAGCUCCUGUAACCUCAAUAUCUACACCUUCCCUUUCGACAUACAGAACUGCACUUUUACUUUCAACUCCUACAUCCACUACGCAAUGGACAUCGAGAUUUUCCUGGGGAGGCCUGCAGAAAAAAUCACAGAGCGCUCCAAAAAUGUGAUGACCACCAUGGGGGAGUGGGAACUGCUGGAUAUCACCUCCCACAAAAAACAUUUGGGUCCAGAUGAUGGUCAGCAGUUUGAUGAGCUUGCAUUUCAUAUCAGAGUGAAGCGCCGAGCGACCCUCUAUGUGGUGAACCUCCUGAUCCCCAGCUGCUUCCUCAUCACUGUGGACCUCUUCAGCUUCCUGCUGCCUCCCCAGAGUGUGGACCGGUCCUCCUUCAAGAUGACCCUCAUCCUGGGCUACACAGUCUUCCUGCUUCUCAUGAACGACCUGCUGCCUGUCACUGGAAACACCAUACCUCUCAUAAAUGUGUUCUUCUCUCUCUGCCUGGCUCUGAUGGUGACCAGUCUACUGGAAACUAUCUUCAUCACCAAUUUGCUGAGCAACUCUGCUGACUUCUCUCCCAUCCCUCACUGGGUCAGGGUGUUUGUUCUGCAAAUUCUGGGUUGUCUUGUUUUCCUGCCUCUGAAGUCCAAAGAACCAAAGCAUUCAGAGAUGAAGCCCAGCCCUGUGGUGGCACUGCAAAAAGUUAAUGACGGGCCUCCAGAGAAGACUGAGCCAGAGGCGGAGGGCAAGGCCCUUCAUGAGCUGAGGAGCCUGAGCAGGGACCUCCAGGCCAUCCGCCUCCAGGUGGAGCAGCAGCAGAGCGGUAGCAGCAGCUCCGAGGAGUGGGUGCAGGUGGGUUUCAUCAUAGACCGCCUGCUGUUCGGCCUCUACAUUCUCUUCAUAUCAGUCAGCUUCAUUACCAUCAUCGUUAUCUGGGUGAAUUCAUACAAUCAGUAGACAACUGCUGUCUGUUUUAAGGGGCUCCAUUUAUGUAGCUACUGACUCAAGUGUUUGUUGAAUUUUGAUCAAUAUAUGAUCAUAUUGCUAUGUGUUUAGGUGAUUUGUUUUGGAGUAAUGACAUUCAUACAUACUCUAAAGUCAGUGUACUGUUGUUAGCAAUAACAAAUGAUCAUAUUAUCACUAUUGGACCUUAAAUUAGCUUUACUUCAUUAACUAGAUGUAGUCUUAACCAUUUUGUAUUACACUGUGCCAUUUUAAAAUGGAGGAAACCAUUGUAUACAAAAUAAAACUACUUGAAAAAAAAUUCACUCAGUUCUCGAUUGACAUUCAUUUCAGACAUAACAACUGUUUGCCUACAUAUACUUUUAUUCAUUUAAUCCCAGCUUUGAAUCCUAACAUCCA